AGGUUUUGUCGAGACCACAGUCAGCUCUGUCCCACCAGCUACUCCCAAACAACCACUCAGAGACUUAAUAUUAAUUAUAAAUGCUCAACUAAUAGCUCAAGCUUAUUACUAACUAGCUCUUACAUUUUAAAUCAGUCCAUAUGUCUUAUUUACAUUCUGCCACAUGGCAGUACAUUUUCUUUGUUUGGAAUGUUUUUCUCUUUCUCUUCUGUAUCCUGGUGACUCCUCUGACUCUGUCCUUUUUGUACCCAACAUUCUUUCUGCCCUGAAAAUUCUACCUAGCCAUCGGCCAGUCAGCUUUUUUUUUUAAACAAUGAGAGCAACACAUCUUCAUGCUUUACAGAAGGAUUAUUCCAUACCAUUUUUCUCCUUUUUGUCUUAUUAAGAAGGAUGGUUUUGCCAGGUAGUGGUGGCAUGUCUUUAAUCUCAGCACUUGGGAAGCAGAAGGAGGAGUAUCUUGGAACAACAACCAAUGAUUAUAACAUUUACAACAAGGCCACUGAUUGUAACUCACUGCAUAUUCCACACCAGAGAAUUCAUACAAAGGAGAAACCCUACAAGUGUAAAGAAUGUGGUAAGGCCCUUAGUUCUCAUAAAACACUUUCCAUACACCAGAGACUUCAUAGUGGAGAAAAACCCUAUAAGUGUAAAGAAUGUCAUAAGGCCUUCAAUACUCGCUCAUCACUUUUUAUACACCAGAAAAAUCAUACUGAUGAAAAAACUUACAAGUGUGAAGAAUGUGGCAAAUCAUUUUACUAUCCUUCAAUGCUGAAGCAACAUCAAAGAAUUCAUUCUGGAGAGAAACCCUACAAGUGUGAAGAAUGUGGCAGAGCUUUUUAUGAACCAUCAUUCCUUCAGGUACAUCAGCGAAUUCAUACAGCAGAGAAACAAUACAAGUGCGAAGAAUGUGGCAAAUCUUUUUCCUCACUUUUGUACCUUAAACAACAUCAAGCAGUUCACUCCAAAGACAAUCCAUACAAGUGUGAGGAGUGUGGCAAGAGGUUUUCCCAAUCUGCAAAGCUUCAGGAACAUCAUACAAUUCAUAGUGCAGAGAGACCAUACAGGUGUGAAGAAUGUCACAAAGCCUUUCGUUAUCACUCUGGCCUUGAGAACCAUAAGGCAGUUCAUACUGGAGAGAAACUUUACAAGUGUAAACUGAGUGGAAAAGAAUGUACUAAGUCUGCUUUCCUCAUUGAGGACACGGCAGCUCAUCUUGCAGAGAAAGCCUACAAGUGUGAAGAGUGUGGCAAGUGUUUUUCCUCACCUUCAUCGCUUAAACGACAUCAAAUAAUCCAUUCUGAAGACAAUCCCUGCAAGUGUGUAGAGUGUGGCAAAAGGUUCUCCUCCUUUGCACACCUUCAAGAGCAUCAGACAGUCCAUACUGGAGAGAAACCAUACAAGUGUAAAGAGUGUGGCAAGUGUUUUUGCUCAUCUUCAUCCCUUAUACGACAUCAACCAAUCCAUUCUGAAGACAAUCCCUACAAGUGUGCAGAGUGUGGUAAAACGUUGUCUUGUUUUACAAACCUUCAAGAACAUCAGAUAAUUCAUACUGGGGAGAAAUCAUACAAGUGUGAAAAAUGUGGCAAAUGUUUUUAUUUAUCUUCAUCCCUUCGGCGCCAUCAAGCAAUUCACUCUGAAGACAAUCCCUACAAGUGUGAAGAGUGUGGCAGAUGUUUUUAUUCAUCUUUAUCCCUUAGAGGACAUCAGACAAUCCAUUCUGAAGACAAUCCUUAUACAUGUGUAGAAUGUGGCAAACGGUUUUCCUAUUCUAGGAGUUUUCGGGAACAUCAAACAAUUCAUACUGGAGAGAAACCCUACAAGUGUGAAGAAUGUCACAAAGCCUUUCAUUAUCUCUCAUCCCUUAGGAAACACAAGAAAGUUCAUACUGGGCAGAAACUCUUCAAAUGUGAAGACUGUGACAGAUGUUUUUCCUCUUCUGCAACCCUUAGACGACAUAAAAAAAAGACCAAAAUUCAUUCUGAAGGCAAUUCUUAAAAGUGUGGGGAAUGUGGCAUAGACUUUGUUAAUCUUUAUGUCCUUACUCAACACAUGGUAUAGUUCAUAGGGGAGAGAAAUCCUACAAAUGUCUUCAAAUGUUUAUUUUUUUCAACCCUUAAAACACAUCAAAUGAUUCAUUCUGACUACAAACUCCAUAA